AUGAAUUUGGAAUCAUUAGCAAAUGAAUUGUUACUCGAUCUAUUUGAAUAUUUUUCCAGCGUUUAUCUACUUCAAACAUUUUAUGAUCUCAAUACUCGCCUGAACAAUCUCAUUUUGCAUCAUUUUCAAAGUCAUAUUCUUAAUUUUCAAUCAGUAUCAAAAUAUGAUUUUGAUAUUGUUUGUCAAAAAUAUCUUCCAUCAAUAUCCGAUCGAAUAAUUUCUCUUCGUCUCUCAGACGAUGAUGAUACUCCAAAACAAAUUGAUCUGUUCUUUUCAUAUGGUUUAUCUUUUAAUCUAUUUUCUCAUUUAAAAUCAUUAUCCAUUUAUCAUGUUUAUUCUUUAAAUUCACUAAAAAGAAUAACAAAUGAAUUACUUUAUCUUCCUCAACUUACACAUCUUAAAAUAACUAGACAUACGAUUGUAUAUAAUGAAAUAUAUGAUAUUGGAAUUAUUGAUCCUAUUGGACGAUUUCCAAAACUUGCUUAUUGUUAUUUAGAUAUAAUAAAUGACAAUGAUUGUUAUUUUUUAACACCAUCAAUGAUUUCUUCAUCUCUAAAAUAUUUAUCUGUUCCUUAUUUGGAUUGUAAUAUAAAUCAAUUAAUAUAUUUAAUUAAAUAUAUACCUUAUCUUCAAUCACUUAAUAUACGUAUUGUUGAUCAUGCGACUAUUUCACAAAUACCAACAAUUAUAUUUUUAUCAAUUAAAAAAUUGAAAGUUCUAUUUUUUGGUACGUUAAAUGCAAUGAAAAAUCUUUUACAAACAAUGUCAAAUUUAGAAAACUUAAAAAUUGAAAUGGAAUCAACUUAUAUUGAUGGUUAUCAAUGGAAAACUAUGAUUGAAAAUUAUUUACCAAAUUUAAUUCUUUUUCAAUUCAAAAUGUCAACCUCAUUAUCUCAUCAACAAAAUAAAGAAGAAAAAAUUGAUGAAAUAUUAAAUUCAUUUCGUAGUCAGUUUUGGAUUGAAAAACAUCAAUGGUUUGUUCAAUGUUAUUGGAUAUCAGCUGAUACAUCAUCAGUCGUUUAUGUAUAUACAUUACCAUAUGCAUUUGCGGAUUUCUUUUAUAUCGGUGAUGUACGAUUAAAAUCAACGUGUCCUAAUGAUAAUCAAUAUUGGUCUUUUGAUGCUAUACAUAAUUUGUAUUAUGGAUAUGUUUCAUAUCAAAAUUUGUUUUUAUCUCAUAUUCAUUUAGAUAAUAUUCAUUAUUUGGAUUUAACUAUACCGUUUGAUGAAUCAUUUUGGUCAAUGGUGACAACACUUGAACGAUUAAAUUCUUUAAAUAUUGUGUCAUAUGGUAAUAUGAAUCCGAUUGAUAUUCAUUCGAAAUUACAAAUACUAUUCGAUCGAUCACCUCAUCUUCAUUCAUUAAAAUUUUUUUCGUGGUUUGCUCAAGAUGAAUUUCCAUUUGAUAUUAAACAUCCAUCUAUUCGACAACUUGAUUUACAAGGACCAAAUAUUGUUUAUAACCAACAACACUGCUUGAAAUUAAGUCAUUCAUUCAUCGGUCAACAAUGUGAAGUUCUUUUUGUUACUGUUAAACAACGAACAGAUAUAAUUGAUUUGGUUAAUAAUAUGAAAAAUCUUCGUGCAUUAAUUGUACAAUGUACUAAGCCAGUGUUAAUGCAGAAGGAAAAUGAAAAUCUAAUUGAAUGGUUACAACAACAUUUACCAAUGACAUGCUCAAUUUCAAAUUCUAUUGAAGUUAGCAAUAGUAUUCGUUUGUGGAUUCGUUAA